UCAGAGGAAUGGCAACGGAAGGAGUAGGUGGAAGCGGUAGCAGCAGCGAAGUGGAAAACGACUUGGAAAUGAAGCUCUUACGCGACAGAUUCAGACUCUCCGCAAUCUCGAUCGCCGAAUCUCAAGCAAGCAAAAGCGGCAUGGAAGUAUCGAACGUCGUCGUCGCUUGCGUCGCUGAUUUAGCCUUCAAAUACACCGAGCGGUUAGCUAAGGAUCUUCAACUAUUCUCACAGCAUGCAAAUCGUAAAUCCGUAAAUAUAGAAGAUGUUAUACUCUCUGCGCAUCGAAAUGAACAUUUAUCUGGCUUGUUGAGGACUUUCUCCAAUGAUUUAAAAGCCAAAGAUCGUCAAUUUGAGCGGAAGCGAAAGAAGAAUGACAAAACAACUGUUUAGUGCGAAUAUUGCUAUGAUUUUAAAUUGGCCUCUAUUCUUGGAUUUGUUACCUGUUUUGGUAUAUCGAUUAGUAUUAUUCUUUAUGGUCUUAUGCAUCCUUUGGAGCUUAAUAGUUAAUAUCAGCCAAUGCUAAAGGGUUAGUCUAUGUAAGGCAAAGAAAUGUGCUUUAUAUACUUGUAUAAAUAUUCUAGGUCAAACAGAAUUAUUGUUGCAAUGCCUAUUUUUUGGUGCUUGUAAGUAUUAAUCUAGCUAGUUGACUCUGUUGGAAAAACGAGAACCACUUGACUCAGGUCUAAAUG